AACCAAUGGUUUUAAUUAAUGGAGCAACCGUCUUACACAGAAGAUGACUUGAACAACUCCAGCUCCACUACCACCACCAACAACAACCGUAAAGCUAACCCCAAACACGACACAAUGCGAGGCAGCACGCGGCAUGCUGUCUAUCGAGGUAUCCGUAAAAGACAGUGCGGCAAAUGGGUGUCGGAGAUCAGAGAGCCACGCAAGAAGUCUCGCAUUUGGUUAGGCUCAUUUCCCUCCCCGGAAAUGGCCGCUAAAGCUUACGACGUCGCGGCCUUUUGCUUACGUGGAAGUAAGGCGCAGCUAAAUUUUCCCGACCAGGUGGAGUGUUUACCGAGGCCUUCGACGUGCACGGCCAGAAAUAUUCAGGCCGCAGCUGCGACAGCGGCGCAUUCGGUAGUUCCGCGUGAUAAAAGUGAAUUAUCGGUUGAAGAAGGGAAUGGACAAAGCGGAGAUGACUUUUGGGGCGAAAUCGAAUUGCCGGAGCUGAUUAUAAGCGGCUGUCAAUGGAGAUUCGCGGCUGACUCGGCGGCGUGGCUAGAAGGAGAGGCUCUGCAACAGUUCAUUGCAUGUCUUUGAUGGUGUUGCAGA